AUGGCUCCUUACGCUGCUCUUCUUCAGCUCUCCCUGUUGGGUCUCGCUGGCCAUGCCUCUGCCGCUGCCAUUGACACCCGUUCUCUGACUCCCUAUGCUCCUGUGUCGGCAAGCUGCCCAAGCACUCCCUUAGUCCGUACUGCGAACAGUGUUGGGACCGGUGAAGCUGCAUACAUUGCAGCUCGCAAGCCCAAGGCCGAUGCUGCUCUCACUGCUUGGUUGCAGAAGACCGACUCUUCAUUCGCUACUACUAACCUUCCUACCAUUGGACUAAGCAUCAGCGGUGGUGGCUACCGUGCUUUACUCUCUGGUGCUGGUCUUAUUCAGGGUCUUGAUGCCCGUGACUCUGACCUGUCUACCAGUGGCCUCUACCAGGCAAUCACAUACGAGACAUCUCUUUCCGGAGGUGCAUGGUUCUCGACUUCAUGGACCGGUCUCAACUGGCCCACUGUUUCAUACCUGAGGGACAACCUUUGGUCUGAAUCUUUUGCCGACUCGCUUUUGGUACCUGCAAGACUCUUGUCUGCUGUCGCAUAUGCCGAGAUUGUCAAGGACAUUGUAGACAAAGCCAAGGUUGGAUUCUCGCCUACUCUCAUCGAUGUCUACGGCAGACUGCUCUCAUACCAGCUUCUUAGCACGAACAACCAAGAUCUCCUCACCGAUGGAAUGGUCAGCAAGACCCUCUCGAGUGUGGUCACUUCUUCCAACUUCACCAACCACGCCGUGCCCUUCCCGAUCAUCACCGCCAGAGGUGUCAACACCUUCGAUGGAGAAUGCAUCCCUAUGGAGAACGGAACCCAAUAUGAAUUCACUCCCUACGAGUUCGGCUCUUGGGACUCCGAUGUCAACGCUUUCACCCAAACCGCCUACCUCGGAUCCAAACUGACCAAUGGCGCACCCACCGUGGCUGGCAAAUGCAUCAAGAACUACGACAACAUAGGCUACGUCGCGGGAACCAGUUCCGCCCUCUUCAACAACUACUGCACCACCAUCCCCGCAAAGAACAACACUCAGUCGCUGGUCCAGACUCUGCAAGCCAUCAUCCUCAACGCCCACAGCCCCGUCACCCGCGACACCUACGCACCCUACCCCAACCCCUUCUACCAAUACCCCACCGCUACCCUCACAAACGCACAAAAGGAGAUUUCACUGGUUGAUGGCGGCGAAGGCAACUCAGCCAUGCCCUUCUGGCCUCUGAUCCAGCCCGAGCGCAAUGUAGACGUCAUCAUUGCCGCCGACAAUGGCGCAGACACUUCCGAUGACUUCCCCUCUGGCACCGCCAUCGUAGGAGCCUACCAACAAGCCCAAGCCCAAGGACUCACUCGCAUGCCCUUCGUCCCUGACCUCGAUACCUUCCUCGCUGCCGGCCUCAACAAACAUGCUGUAUUCUUCGGUUGCGAUACCGUUGAUACUGCUACUGUGAUCUACCUUCCCAACAACAACUACACAUAUGCCUCCAACAUUGACACUGUGAUUAUUGAGACUUCGGAGAGCCAGACUGCGGGCAUCAUUGCUAAUGGCAAUGCUAUCGCGACUCAAGAUGGCGACGAGCAAUGGCCUGUUUGUCUCGGAUGUGCGGUCAUGAAGAAGACAGGGAGUGCGCUGCCGAGUGCUUGUGCUGCUUGUUUUGACAAGUAUUGUUAUUCGCAAUAG